UGUAGAAGGCCCAAGGCAAACUACCUGACAACAAUGUAACCUUGUGACUGAGCUAUUAAUGUGGUUUCUAUUCAUUCUGUUUUAUUGCAGGGGAUGAAAUGUUCUCUGACAUUUACAAGAUCAAAGAAUCACCAAAUGGGAUGUUAUUGGAAGUUGAGGGAAAGGUGCGUCUCCACUGCAGGUAUAAGCUCUCUGAGUUGUGGUGGUGAGAGAUGGUUAGUAGAACAGAGAAUAUCGAUGACUGUCUGUUGGGGGCAAAUGCGUCGGCGGAGGUGCAGGAUGACGGCUGCGAGUCCAGCACAGUCAGUGGAGUGGACAUUGUCCUCAACCACAAACUGCAGGAGACAUCCUUCACCAAGGACUCAUACAAGGGCUACAUCAAGGACUACAUGAAGGCGAUCAAGGCUAAGCUGGAGGAGAACAACUCAGACAGAGUGAAGCCCUUCAUGGCUGGAGCUCAGGAGGAGAUCAAGAAGAUCAUGGGCAACAUGAAGAACUACCAGGUAACUACUAGUUACAGCUAUACAUCUACUACUGCCUACAGCAAAUUCAGCUGGUGUGUCCAAACGUUUGAUUGGUACUGUAUAUGUUCUGUAUAAAUAAGUAGCAAUUCA